AUGGAUCAAGAAACUCAGAAAUCUAUUUUGAUGAACAUUUAUUAGUAAACAUUUUCAGUUUAACUCUAGAAGGGCCAAUCAAAUUGGCAAUCAAUAAAAAGCAUAGAAUAUUAGUUCUCUAAAAUAUCUUUUCAAAGAAGUAUAAAAAUCAAAAAAAACUCCAAGUACAUCAUAACAUACUACUGCGAGUAAAAGAAAUUAACAAUCAAAAUAGAGAGAUAAUGUUUAGGUUCAAACUCCUCAAACUAGUUAUCGUUCUAGGUUAUAAUUAGUAGAAAAAAAUGAAUGGAUCAAUUUAAUUAAUCAAAAAUCGCAAUAAAAUCUUCAGUCUGAUCAAAUUGCAAUCACCGAAUAUCGGUAUUUUUAAAAUUCAACUUAGAACUAGAGUUUAAAUGGAUUCUUUUUUCUAAAAUGAUUGGAAAUAGCCGUAUUAUAAGCCAGAAAAAAUAUAAUAAUUAAUCUUAAAAGUAAAUUAAUAUUAGCCUAUCAAUGAUAUUGAUUCAUGGAAACAAAUAGUAUAUUAGAGAUUAUAUCAGAAGAUAUCAUGA